CGAGGCACCACCGGAUCACGGCGGCGACACUCUUCUUGCGCCACGUUCGAUUCGCCUCUUCCUACCAACUCCUCCGUGGCCACGUUGCACAUGGAGUCCCUCCUCGCCGCCGCCACGGUCACCAGGGCCUCUGUCGCGGCCACCGUCUUCUCGCCGCCUUCAUCCUCGUCUUCGCCGUCCGUCCUCCGAACCGCUAUUGCCGGGACCAGACCCGUCGCACGCGCCGUCCGCUGUGCCGCCACCAAGGACUCGAUCUUCUACGCGCUGGAACACGACGAGAUGUUCAACUCGGCGGAGGUGAUCCAGUGGGAGAGCGGCAAGUCCAUCAACUCCAUCGCCGCUGCGCAGGGCAUCCGCAUCCGCCGCCGCUGCCGUUCCAGGUACCCCUCCGAGGGCUCCGGCGCCGACAGGGCCGUCCCACGCAACAUCCUCGAGCAGAUCAUCUGGGACAAGGAGGUCGAGGUCUCACAGAGGAAGGCCAAGAAGCCGCUCAAGAAGGUUGUUGAGUCCGCCCAGCACGCGCCGCCACCCAGGGACUUCGUCGGGGCGCUGGAGGCGGCUCACCGCCGCAACGGCGUGCCUGCCCUUAUCGCCGAGGUGAAGAAAGCGUCGCCCAGCAGGGGCGUGCUCAGGGAGCACUUCAAUCCGGUGGAGAUUGCGCACGCCUAUGAGAUGAAUGGUGCGGCCUGCUUGAGCAUCCUGACUGACGAGAAGCACUUUCAGGGGAGCUUUGAAAAUCUAGAGACUGUGCGCAAUUCAGGAGUCAAGUGUCCUCUUCUUUGCAAGGAGUUCGUCAUCGACAUUUGGCAAAUUUACUACGCACGCUCAAAGGGUGCCGAUGCCAUUCUGUUGAUUGCUGCAGUGCUACCGGACCUCGAUAUUAAGUACAUGCUUCGCGUCUGCAAAAAUCUUGGAAUGACAGCUCUUAUUGAGGUUCAUGAUGAGAGGGAGUUGGAUCGUGUACUGAAGAUAGACAGUGUUCAGCUUAUCGGCAUCAACAAUCGGAAUCUAGAGACAUUUAAAGUCGAUACUGCAAACACAAAGAUGUUGAUAGAGAAACGUGGUGAUACUAUUAGGAAGAAGGGGAUACUGGUUGUUGGCGAGUCCGGUUUGUUCACCCCUGAUGAUGUCGCAUACGUGCAGAAUGCUGGCGUUUCGGCUGUUUUGGCAGGAGAAUCCCUAGUUACACAAGAAGAUCCCGGGCAAGCCAUUGCCGGGCUGUUUGGGAAAGAGCUCUUGCACUGAAUUAUUGUCCUUGAGUUUUACUUGUAUGUAGCAGCCACGGGCAGCUAAAUGAAUGAAGGCUUGGAUGCAUAAAGAUUGCACCUGAUGUAACCAUGAAUAAGUGCAGUGUUUAUAGAUUUAAUUGAAUUCUGUUCUCUUCUUUGGAUGAAUGUGGAAUGUUCUGUCAAGUGCCUGUAUUGAAAUAUCAAUUUAAAUUCUGUUUUUGUGUAGCAAA